UUCUCGCGAUUGUUUCCCGUGUGGGUUAAUGGCUCCUCCUGCUGUAGACAGAGACAGAGCUUGCACCGAGCGGUGGAACGGGGGAAGCUGUGACACCACGUAGAGAAGAGAAAAAAGACGUAACUUAACCCCCAAAGCCUGUUUUUUCUCAGCAAAACUGUUUUGGGUUUCGCGUGAAAAGGGCUGUCGGGGUGGCACUUGUGGUUGACGGCUAAAUUUAGCGGCGGGCGGUCGAGGACAGCGGUCUAUUUUUCGACGACCAACUCCCCAGAUGAACUCCGUCAGGGCUACCAACAGAAGACCAAGGCGAGUGUCGAGGCCGCGCCCGGUACAACCCGAACGGAACAACGCAGAAAGAGAUGAAGAGGCUCCUGCAGCAGCUGCAGCAGAGAUGGCUAUUGAAGAGUCCGGUCCAGGUGCUCAGAACAGUCCCUACCAGCUUCGACGCAAGACCCUGCUACCCAAGAGAACCACAGCUGCCUCUGCCACCGCCUCUGCCUGUCCCAGCAAGGGCCCUAUGGAGGGAGCCUCCACCUCGUCAACAGAAGCCUUUUGCCAUCGAGCCAAGCGGGCACGAGUGUCCGGUAAGAGCCACGACCUCCCAGCUGCCCCAGCAGAACAAUAUCUGCAGCAGAAGCUCCCAGAUGAGGUUAUUUUGAAGAUUUUCUCCUACUUACUGGAGCAGGACCUAUGCCAGGCAGCUUGUGUCUGCAAAAGAUUCAGCCAGCUAGCAAACGACCCCAUCCUCUGGAAACGCUUAUAUAUGGAUGUGUUUGAGUAUACACGUCCCAUGAUGCAUCCUGAGCCUGGCAAGUUCUACCAGGUCAACCCUGAGGAGUAUGAACACCCAAACCCGUGGAAAGAGAGCUUCCAGCAGCUAUAUAAAGGAGCUCAUGUGAAGCCAGGCUUUGCUGAGCAUUUCUACAGUAGCCCGAGCAGAUACAAAGGCAGAGAUAAUAUGCUGUAUUAUGACACCAUUGAGGAUGCUCUGGGUGGGGUGCAGGAAGCCCACUUCGAUGGGCUCAUCUUUGUUCACUCUGGCAUCUAUACAGAUGAGUGGAUUUAUAUAGAGUCCCCCAUCACCAUGAUUGGCGCGGGUAAGUAUGUAUCUUUGAGAGCUGCUGAGGCCUUUCGUGUAGUAUGGUCAGUAUUUGGAGAAACGAGGAGACUAGAGCUGACUUGUGUGUUGGUCUCCACGCUAAAGCGUUCUUGUGAGCAUGAUUCCGUUUCUCUUGUAGCUCCUGGUAAAGUAGCAGAUAAGGUGGUGAUUGAAAACACAAGAGACUCCACGUUCGUCUUCAUGGAGGGCUCAGAGGAUGCAUACGUGGGGUACAUGACCAUAAAGUUUAAUCCUGAUGAUAAAUCAGCGCAGCACCAUAACGCCCAUCACUGUCUGGAGAUCACCGUCAACUGCAGCCCAAACAUCGACCACUGCAUCAUCCGCUCCACUUGUACAGUGGGUUCAGCGGUGUGUGUGAGUGGACAGGGAGCCUGUCCGACCAUUAAACACUGUAACAUCAGUGACUGUGAGAAUGUAGGACUGUACAUUACAGACCACGCACAGGGCAUUUAUGAAGACAAUGAAAUUAGCAACAAUGCACUAGCAGGAAUUUGGGUGAAAAACCACGGAAACCCUAUCAUUAGACGAAACCACAUUCACCACGGCCGAGAUGUUGGAGUGUUCACGUUUGAUCACGGCAUGGGUUACUUUGAGAACUGUAAUAUUCAUCGGAAUCGCAUAGCAGGCUUUGAGGUGAAGGCGUACGCCAACCCCACGGUGGUGCGGUGCGAGAUCCACCACGGCCAAACGGGGGGGAUCUACGUCCACGAGAAGGGGCGGGGCCAGUUUAUAGAGAACAAAAUUUAUGCCAACAACUUUGCAGGCGUGUGGAUCACAUCCAACAGUGACCCCACGAUACGGGCCAAUGCUAUUUACAACGGUAAUCAAGGCGGCGUGUACAUAUUUGGAGACGGGCGAGGUUUGAUAGAAAGCAAUGACAUCUACGGCAACGCCCUGGCCGGAAUCCAGAUCCGAACCAACAGCUGCCCCAUCGUUCGGCACAACAAGAUCCACGACGGACAGCACGGGGGCAUCUAUGUGCACGAGAAAGGUCAGGGAGUCAUCGAGGAGAAUGAGGUGUACAGCAACACUCUGGCUGGAGUCUGGGUGACCACAGGCAGCACUCCUGUCCUCCGCAAGAACCGCAUCCACAGCGGCAAACAGGUUGGGGUUUAUUUCUAUGACAACGGCCACGGCGUUUUGGAAGACAAUGACAUCUACAAUCACAUGUACUCUGGUGUACAAAUAAGGACGGGAAGCAAUCCGAAGAUCAGACGCAACAAAAUCUGGGGGGGGCAGAAUGGAGGGAUUCUGGUCUACAACUCCGGUUUGGGCUUCAUCGAGGACAAUGAAAUCUUUGACAACGCCAUGGCGGGGGUGUGGAUCAAGACGGACAGCAACCCCACUUUGAGGAGAAAUAAGAUUCACGACGGCAGAGACGGGGGAAUCUGCAUUUUUAACGGAGGCCGAGGUCUUCUGGAAGAAAAUGACAUCUUCAGGAACGCUCAGGCCGGCGUCCUCAUCAGCACCAACAGUCAUCCCAUCCUCCGCAAGAAUCGCAUUUUUGAUGGUUUCGCUGCAGGGAUUGAGAUCACUAACCACGCCACCGCAACACUGGAGGGAAACCAGAUCUUCAACAAUCGCUUCGGAGGGCUUUUUCUGGCCUCAGGAGUCAACGUCACUAUGAAAGAUAACAAGAUUCUGAACAAUCAGGAUGCUAUUGAGAAGGCGGUGAGCAGAGGACAGUGUCUGUACAAGAUCUCCAGCUACACCAGUUACCCCAUGCACGACUUCUACAGAUGUCACACCUGUAAUACAACAGAUAGGAACGCCAUCUGUGUCAACUGCAUCAAAAAAUGUCACCAAGGACACGAUGUAGAGUUUAUACGGCAUGAUCGGUUUUUCUGUGACUGUGGAGCAGGAACGUUGUCCAACCCUUGCACGCUCGCCGGAGAGCCCACACACGACACGGACACUCUGUACGACUCUGCGCCGCCUAUCGAGUCCAACACACUGCAGCAUAACUGAAGCCGUGAAGUGAUCCCCCUCACAUGAGCAGACGACCACACAGCUACACACACAUCCAUCCGCAGCCACAAGGACCCAGAGAGACUCCGACUGCGGCGCUCUCAAACGGGGCGGAGUUUAAGAUGCUGCAAUGGGAAGCAGCUUUUAAUUUUGUCCACAUCGCCAGUCGGACUCGCUGCGAUGGACGGGGAGACGCGCAAGAGCGGCCACGAGAGAUUUCUUACUGAACUGAGAUGAUGGGAGAAGUUUUGAGCAUGUCGGCACUCGUGAUGCCGCACAGACUUCCUGCUUCCUUGCAGCAUCCAUCCUGAUUGGCUGUCCAGGAAGUUGCAACAUCGCAAUGAACGGGUGGAUGUUGCUGUGUGUGGACUAAAAGAAAAACGUGUGUUUGAUGGAGCACUUGGGCUUUUUUUUUUUUUUUUUACUUUUAAAUAUAAAUAUAUAUAUAUGUUCCGAUCAUUGGAUUUUAUUUCAAUGCUUUCUCACGUAGUUUUGUAUUUUCAAGCAAAAAGCAAACUGUAUUUGAAUGUCUUUUAUUUUUAUGAUAUAAUUAAUAUUAUUAUUAUUAUUUGGUUAGCGUCCUCCUCCCGCCUCGUCACAAAGCGCAGCAACUCCGAUCAGCCCAGUGGUGAAAUUCUUUCUGUGAAAGAGAAUCUGGUUUAAACACUAAACCCUCUCCGGCGUGUUCGUUGAAAUGACGGGUGGAGCGACUCCAUGCUUGUAUAAAGAGGUGUAUGUAAAUGUGGUGUACAGUGCAGGUUGCGCGUGUGUUUGUGUGUGCGUGUUUCUAAGCCGAUGCAGUCUUUUUUUUUUUUUUUUUGUUUUGUUUUUUUGCGGAGAGGGUUUCAACAGGAGGCGUCCGAGCUCCUCCUGAACUGGAACUGAAGAGUGGCCCUGCAGCCCCGCCCCCGUUCCCCUCCUGUGUAUCGUGGUGACUGUGGCUCCUCAUGCAGCCUGAAUCGAAUGCAUGUACCAUAACAUCUAGACUUAAUAUAUUGUGAAGUAUUCAAUAACCAUUAUGUAGAUGCUAGUUGGAAUUCAAAAAGGGGUAUACUUUCUUAGAAAGAAAAAAGAAAAAAACAGAAAAGACUGGCCAUUUCUAAGAAAAUAAAUCUUUAUUAGCUCUAA